AUGGGCAAAACACAUUCCAAAGAAACAUUCACACAAUGGGAUUUAGAUCGUUUUUCAAAUGUUACAGGUGUUCCAAAGGCAACUGUUGAAAAAUUAUAUCAAGAAUUUUCCGUUGCUAGCGGAAAAGACAAUCGAAUGGACAAAAAGGAAUUUCGUCGGUUAUAUAAAGAAUUAAUGGCAAGUAGAACAGCAGUAACAACAACAUCAGGAGUAACUGGUACUAGUAGCACUGUUACAGUUAUCAGCGAUCACGAUGCCGACAAAAUAGCCGAUCGUGUUUUCAAGACAUUCGACAGUGAUGGAUCAGGAAAAUUGACAUUCGAAGAAUUUGUCAAUGCAUUUGUUAUGUUGAAUGAACGUGGAUCUGUUACAGAUCGUUUCAAUUAUAUCUUGGAUCACAACAAUCCAACACCUGGUUAUAUUACACGUGAACAAGGUGAACAAGUUUAUAAUCGUCUACACCGAUUUUAUAAUACCGAUGAUACAAAACCAUUAAACACAACAUGGGAACAAACAUGGUCGAAAAUCGAUGAUGGAACUGGCCGUGUACCACAAACAAAAUUUACUGAAUAUAUGACCACAAACAGUGAUUAUGCACCACAAUUAAAACAUUUCAAGACAACAUUUUAA